AUGACGAAUCAACUAUUGUUUGAACAGGCUAAAAAGGCAAAUCUUUCUUUUCGGUUUUGGUUUCUGAGAGUGGACCAAGAUAAAGACAGAGAAUGCAGCCUGGACUGUGCAGGUUCCCCUCAGAAAUCACUCUGUGCAUCUGAUGGAAGAACUUUUCUGUCCCGGUGUGAAUUUCAACGAGCAAAAUGCAAAGACCCUCAGCUGGAAAUAGCCUACCGGGGCAACUGCAAAGAUGUUUCCAGAUGUGUGGCUGAGAGGAAGUAUACCCAGGAACAAGCUCGCAAGGAAUUUCAACAAGUCUUUAUCCCAGAAUGCAAUGAUGAUGGCACAUAUAGUCAGGUUCAGUGCCAUAGUUACACUGGAUACUGCUGGUGUGUCACUCCCAAUGGUCGUCCUAUCAGCGGCACUGCUGUGGCCCACAAAACUCCCCGGUGCCCAGGUUCAGUGAGUGAGAAGCUGCCACAACGAGAAGGUGCAGGAAAAACAGUCUCCUUGCAAAUCUUUUCCAUUCUGAAUUCAGAUGAUGCCUCAGCUCCCGCGCUGGAGACUCAGCCUCAAGGUGAUGAAGAAGAUAUAGCUUCUCGUUAUCCUACCUUAUGGACUGAGCAAGUAAAGAGUAGACAAAACAAAACCAAUAAAAGCUCAGCAUCAUCAUGUGAUCAAGAACUUCAGUCAGCCCUGGAGGAAGCUAAACAGCCCCAGAAAGACAAUGUGUUCAUUCCAGAGUGUGCUCAGGGCGGCCUCUACAAACCAGUGCAGUGCCAUCCUUCCACGGGCUACUGCUGGUGUGUUCUGGUGGAUACAGGACGUCCCAUCCCUGGUACAUCAACGAGGUAUGAACAACCUAAGUGUGAUAAUGGUGCCAGAGCUCAUCCAACCAAAACAAAGGAUUUGUACAAAGGACGCCAGCUUCAAGGUUGUCCUGGGGCCAAGAAGAAUGAGUUCCUGACGAGUGUUUUGGAUGCAUUGUCCACAGAUAUGGUGCACGCAGUCUCUGACCCAUCAUUGUCUUCUAGCCGGGUUUCAGAACCUGAUCCAAAUCAUACUCUGGAAGAAAGAGUGGUCCACUGGUAUUUCAAACAGCUAGACAAAAACUCCAGUGGUGACAUUGGCAAGAAAGAAAUAAAGCCCUUUAAGAGAUUCCUAAGAAAGAAAUCAAAACCCAAAAAAUGUGUGAAGAAGUUUGUGGAAUACUGCGAUGUGAACAAUGAUAAGUCCUUAUCAGUUCAAGAAUUAAUGGGUUGCUUGGGAGUAACAAAAGAAGAAGGUAAAGCAGAAACAAAGAAACGCCAUACAGCCCCUAAAACCAACACUGAGAGCACUUCAUCCAGCAGGCAGCAAGUUUCUAAGAAGCAAGGGUGA